GGGCUGUAGAAGUUGGACAGACACAUAUUAACCGGCGCAUGCGCAAUAACGCCACCAUCCAGGUCUAAAUAAGAGUUAAGAGAGAAACGAGGAAACGAUGACAGAGACAUCUAAGAGUGGUGGUCUUGCUGCCACUGGAACCGAUUUUGACAUGAUGAGCGCUCUUGACUGGAAGGACGGCAUAGCUACAUUGCCUGGAAGUGACAUUCGGUUUCGGAUGACUGAAUUUGGCACCCUGGAGAUUGUCACAGAGGCGGAGCCCAAAGUUAAAGAGGCGGAGCUUACAGGCCCACAGCCUCAAACUACAAGCACCAACAACAGUAAUUCCCCUGAGCAAAACAAAACUUCAAAUCAGACUGAAAAGCCCCAGUUGAAUACAGACCAUCCGACAAAUGCUGUGGUUUCCACUGACAACCACAGGCAGGCUGGGGGCAUCAACACUAAGAACCCCAGCUCUGUGGAAAGCCCCAGCAUGAGUACAGUGCCCAAUGUCAUUGUUCCCAUCACUGAGCCCACUGCAAACUGCAGGUCCUGUGGUCACUCUGGUUCACAGGAGUCUUUCCUACAAGGCAAAUUUUGCAGUGCUCCUUGUGUGCAGCCUACCAGUGGCAGGUCAACCCCAGCUGAGGCAUUCGAAGGAGAGCGUUUAGGUAAACGUGUGAGAAAGAAGAAGAAGAUGUUUAUGGAAUCUGGAGAUGAAGAGGAGGACAACAUAGAGGAGGAAGAGGAGAAGGUUAAAUCCUCGAAGGGAAGACGAGCGGCUAAAGUUGCUAGACUAGUGACAGCACCUCCUAUUAAGAAGAAAACCUGGAGUUGGUCAGCUUAUUUGGAGGAGGAGAGAGCCAUUGCCGCUCCUUUGAAACUUUUUAAGGAGCACCAGUCGUUUCCGCAGAGUAGGAAUGGAUUUAAAGUUGGCAUGAAGUUAGAGGGACUGGACCCCUGUCAUCCGGCUCUCUUCUGUGUUUUGACCGUUGCAGAGGUGCAAGGUUACAGGAUUCGGCUUCACUUUGAUGGUUACCCUGAGUGCUAUGACUUCUGGGUAAAUGCUGACUCAUGGGAUGUGAAGCCGCCAGGCUGGUGUGAGAAAACUGGCCUCAAGCUAUUGCUUCCAAAAGGUUGCAGAGAUGGGGAGUUUAACUGGAACACAUAUGUAAAGAACUGUAGGGGUCAACUGGCCCCCAAACAUCUCUUCAAGAGUCUUAAUACAUCAGUCACACCGUCGGGAUUCCGUGCUGGGAUGAAGCUGGAAGCCGUGGACAGGAAGAACCCGUCACUAAUCUGCGUUGCAACCAUUGCUGCUGCUGUCGACAACCGGCUCCUCAUUCACUUUGACAACUGGGAUGAUACGUAUGAUUAUUGGUGUGAUGCCAGCAGUCCGUACAUUCAUCCAGUCGGGUACUGUGAGGAGGUGGAGUUAACACUCACCACACCUGCAGAGUAUAAGCACCCAAAGAGUUUUUCAUGGGAAAAGUACCUUGAAGAAACUGGAACCCAAGCUGCACCAGCAAGAGCCUUUAAACAGAGACCACCACAUGGCUUCCAAGUUGGAAUGAAGCUAGAGGCGGUGGACAAACGUAAUGCCGUACUCAUCCGUGUCUCCACCAUCUCUGAUACAGAUGACCACAGAAUCAAGAUCCAUUUUGACGGCUGGAGUGACGAGUAUGAUUAUUGGCUAGAUGCCGAUAGCCCAGAACUGCACCCAGUAGGCUGGUGUCAGAAAACAGGUCAUCCUCUACAACACCCCAACGGGCCCAGAGAUUCUCCAGUCCCUCCAGGACAAGGCUGCCCAACCCAAGGAUGCAACGGGGUCGGACACAUUCGAGGACCUCGGUAUGGGACACAUUACACGGCGGUGAGUUGUCCAUACUCGGAUCUGAAUUUGAAUAAAGACGGGUUGGUUCCAGACAGACUGAGUGGGGAGAGGCCAGUCACGCUCAGUGGACCCCCGCGCCACCGCCGUGCUGAAACACUCACUCACACGCAGCCUCCCACACCCACACCCAGCGCCAGCACCCCAGACCCCCCUGACACCACCACAGACACCUGUCCACAAGCUCGGGCAGUGCGUGAGCACAUUGUGUCUGGUACAGCUCCUAAAUGUGUCAAGCCACCCCAAGUGAAGCAGGAAGGUGAUGGAAAAGAUUCUCUUCAGCAGUUCCUGCAUGAGUCUGUGUUUUGUGGAUGGGAGCCACCGAGGUUUCAGCUGUGUUGGGAAAAGCAUGGCAAACUGCUGCCUGAAGCUUUGGGCCUCACCGCCAAGAGAGUGGCAAAGUGGAGCACUGAAGAGGUUUCAAGUUUUGUGCGAGGCCUGCCUGGCUGUAGAGAGCAUGCUGCCACUUUCAGGAAGGAGCAAAUUGAUGGUGAGGCCUUCCUGCUCCUUACUCAGUCAGACAUCGUAAAGAUUCUAAGCAUCAAGCUCGGCCCCGCUCUCAAAAUUUAUAACUCUAUCCUCAUGCUGAAGAGCGCAGAUGAAGAGUAGACACCUCAUAGCAACUGCUGCUCCAUCAAACAACACGUUUGAAAGUUGCUCUCCACCGAUGUGUCCAGCGGACUGACAAAUGCUCAAUCAUUGGUCUCAUUUAUGAUUGACGGACAUUGAAAAUCAGCCGAUCCAACAAACUGUAUGUGAUCAGAAAAAUCACGUCUCUUAAGGCUGAUAAAUAUUUGAUGUCUCCCCUUCCUGCACUCGCUCUAAAUUAGGUCUGAUAUUCUCUUUUGAAAUAGAUCAUUUGAUUUAUAUUAGACUCGGGGUGGGGUGAGCACACUAUACUGAGGCACCUUAAAAUGUUGAAAGCUUAAACUGGACUAUUUCAUUGUUGAUAUUUAUGCUUUUACAGUUGCUAAAAUGACGACUAAUUGCAUUUGGUGCCAGAGGCACGAUUGAAAGGCAUGAUUGUGGAGCUUUUACUUUUUUUUAAAUGCAAAAAGACCUUUGUUUGCAAUUGAACAAAUCCCAAAUAAUCCAAAUUAUCCUGUUUGAGACCACUAGAGGGCAGCAGGAUUGUGUGUGUGUGUGUGUGUGCGCGCGCGUGAGAGUUUGUGCAUGUAUACAUGUAUAAAAAUACUGGUACAUGUGUGCUUGCAACUAAUGUCAGGGAAUUCUUGCUCUGGGCAAAUCUGGAAUUGAAUGUCUCAAGUUUGUAUUUACUUCAGAUGAAAUGUGUGAUCUUGUAAAAUGCAUUUGUAAAUUGAAGAUAUUGUACAUUUGUUGAAGUGAAUUGGACAGUGUGAUUGACUCACUAGACACUGAAAAUAGAAUUAGAAUUGAGCGGGUGUGUGUGGUAAGCGUGUAUUUUCAGCUCCUGAGACCAUGACAUUUCGCCUUGUACAAGCAUUCCUAAGUUCCAAGACAUUUUGUUCUGUCAUUCACCGAGCAAAAGCUUUUUGUACAACCAUGACCUGCUCUAUUAUACAGCUGUAAUUCUCGACUGAUUUUACUCAGCCAUGUUGGAAUCACUGCACUUUCAUGCAUUGGUUUGGCUUUUGCAGUGCUUCUCAAAGUUGUCAUUAUACACACAUGCAUAGGUUCUUCUUAUGGCAUUAGGUCAGGAUAAUAGAUCCAGGUAGGGUUGAAAGUGGAGAAGCUGAAGACUCAGAAAAUGGUUGUACAAAAGCUAAAAUAUUAAAUAAAAUUGAUAUUAGUCUGCAGAUCAUUGACUUGAUUACAAGUUGGCAUUUGGGUGGUGAUGGAAAAUCAAGAUUUAAGGAAAUCCCAACUACAGUGGUUUGCGUCAAGGAUGAGUUUGUAUUAGAUUUUGAUUGUUUUCUUUGAUGUGUGUGUGUGUGUGUGAGUGUGUAGAUUAUGUCUCUCUGAGCAGACUGUUUAUGUGUGACAGAUUGUGUUUCUGAGUUUCAGUCCCGAAUGGAUGCAUGAAUAAAGCGAAGGAGAAUAAAUAAGGAUUACAAACAGAA